AUGACAUUUCGAGUCACGAAUCCCUACGUGGUCGCAUCCAUCGCGACCAUUGGUGGCAUGUUGUUUGGCUUUGAUAUAUCAUCAGUGUCAGCAUUCAUCAGCCAGAAACCAUAUUUAAAUGCAUUUGGGUUUCCCAACUCGACUGUCCAGGGCGCCAUAACGGCGUCUAUGGCAGGUGGCUCUUUUGUGGGCUCUAUUGUGUCUGGACCUAUUUCCGAUAAAACAGGUCGCCGAACUACCAUUCAGGUAGCUUCGUUAGUAUGGGUCCUGGGAGCUAUAAUUCAAUGCACAUCGGGGGGUCAUAGUGUCGGUGGUAAUAGAGCUCAGCUCAUCGUUGGUAGGUUUGUUGCUGGAUUCGCAGUGGGUUUAGCAUCAUCUCAAGUGCCUGUAUAUGUUGCUGAGUUAUCACCCAAAGCCAUUCGUGGCCGCCUGGUUGGAUUGUUCCAAUGGUCAGUCACAUGGGGGAUUAUGAUAAUGUUCUACAUUGGAUUUGGCUGUUCUUUCAUUGCAGGAAAAGCAUCAUUUAGGACUGCCUGGGCUAUACAAGUGGUGCCUGGCGCGCUUCUUUUUGCAGGAACUUUCAUACUUCCAGAAUCACCACGUUGGCUAGCUAAUAAAGACAAAUGGGAGGAAGCUAUUGAGAUCAUUUGUGAAGUGCAAGGAAAAGGUAGCUUCGACCAUCCAGACGUGCUGAUUGAACUCGAAGAAAUUAAAAUGGUAGUACGCAUUGAUAAGGAAUCACAAGCAGUCAGGUUUGCAGAUCUGUUCAAACGAGAUUCCAUUAACCGGACCAUGGUCGGCAUCUGGGGUCAGAUUUGGCAGCAAAUGACAGGUAUCAACGUCGCUAUGUAUUAUGUGGUGUAUAUUUUUGAGAUGGCCGGUUACAGUGGCAAUCUUAACUUGAUCUCCUCGUCCAUCCAGUAUGUUCUCAACAUGGUCAUGACGGUUCCUGCUUUAUUAUUUAUUGACAAAUGGGGACGUCGACCCCUUCUUCUUAGUGGUGGCGUUCUCAUGAUGAUCUGGCUCUUUGCCAUUGCCGGACUAUUAGCUGUCUACGGCAUAUCAGUCCCUGACGUGGCUGGUAACAAGAAUAUCCGAAUCAUGAUUUUGGAGAAGAACAAACCCGCUUCGCGGGCAGUCAUUGCCUGUUCGUACCUGUUUGUAUGCAGCUUUUCACCGACAUGGGGCCCCGGGAUCUGGAUCUACUGUUCGGAGAUCUUUCCUUUACGGCAGCGAGCCCUUGCAAACGGUAUUUGCGCAUCAUUUAACUGGAUCUUCAACUUCGCGCUGGCUCUGUUCGUGCCGAGUGCAUUUACCAAUAUAACCUGGAAGACUUACAUCAUAUUUGGCGUUUUCUGUGCCGUCAUGAUCAUCCAUGUUUUCCUGAUGUUUCCUGAAACAAAAGGAAAAACACUGGAAGAAAUCGACCAAAUCUGGGCCGACAAAGUGCCUGCCUGGCGAUCUGCCUCGUUCGUCCCUCGCAGACCGUCAGUAGGGGAGUACACGGGAGAACACCCGGAGAAAUUAAUGCAUCCCGACCUGUACGAACACUCCCCGUCCAGCGGGUACACUGGUGCAACCGCCAUUUAA